GCAUGAGCAUACAUUGCAAUGACUCUCUUUAGGUUUUUUGAAAGUUGUAAAAAGGUUUUAGGAUCAUAGUUUAGAGAGUUUAUCAUCAGUUCAUCGUUGUUGUCCGAACGUGAAGUUCUAUAAGAAGGAAUCAAUCGUCAAAGUUUUUACAUUUUAUUUAAAAAAAAAAUAAUCAAAGAAAAUCAAAUAAUUUGAAAUGGCCCGUACAAAGCAGACCGCUCGUAAAUCAACUGGUGGAAAGGCGCCACGUAAACAAUUGGCCACAAAAGCCGCACGUAAAAGUGCCCCAACAACCGGUGGUGUCAAGAAGCCGCAUCGUUAUCGUCCCGGUACCGUAGCCUUGCGAGAAAUUCGUCGCUAUCAGAAAUCUACGGAAUUGCUCAUUCGUAAAUUGCCGUUCCAACGUCUGGUCAGAGAAAUUGCCCAGGACUUCAAAACGGAUUUGCGUUUCCAGUCGGCUGCCAUUGGCGCUCUGCAAGAAGCCAGUGAAGCGUACUUGGUCGGUCUGUUCGAAGACACCAAUUUGUGCGCCAUUCACGCCAAGCGAGUGACAAUUAUGCCGAAGGACAUCCAAUUGGCUCGGCGCAUCCGAGGUGAACGUGCUUAAACUGUAUUUUUUCUUAAUUAUAAACAUCAUAAUCAUCAUAAUUCGUGUAAGAGAGGGUUAUUGUCCGGCAAAAGAAGAAGAAAAAUUUCAGUUGUACAAUUCUUUGCACAUUUUCUAAUUCACGUGAAUAUGAAUUAUCCAAAAUGACCGUUUUUAUACCUAUUGAUUCCCAAGAAAGAAAAAAAAAUUGUAUGGAACAAAUGAAACGAAAACUGUAUUUCAGAUUAAAAUCUCUUAUCAUUCUAAUCAUGAACAGUACACACAUACGUACAAAAUGUCUCUCAUUUUCAUUAUACUAUUCUGACCCGUAACAUAUAUAACCCGGACAAGUUUAAAUAUAAGGAAAAUUUAAAAUUAAAAUUUUGUUUUUUCUUCAUUAAUUGUGUAUGUUUGCUGUCGUAAACAACAUUUCAUUGUAUCGUAGAUUAUAAUUUGUCGAAACAUAUGGAUUUCUGAAAAUAAAUAUGUAAAAGUAAU